UCGUUACAUUUGAAACGGGUGGCGGGGAACUGCUGUGGGGCCGCCGCCGUCUCGGUCUGCGGAGCGGAAGCGCGCGUUGGCGUCCGUGGGCCUGGCUAUGGCACGACAGCUGGCCCGGGAGCAGGGUAUCACCCUGCGCGGGAGCGCUGAAAUUGUGGCCGAGUUCUUCUCAUUUGGCAUCAACAGCAUUUUGUAUCAGCGUGGCAUAUAUCCAUCUGAAACCUUUACUCGAGUGCAGAAAUAUGGACUCACCUUGCUUGUAACUACUGAUCCUGAGCUUAUCAAAUACCUAAAUAAUGUGGUCGAACAACUAAAAGAUUGGUUAUACAAGUGUUCAGUUCAGAAACUGGUGGUAGUCAUCUCAAAUAUUGAAAGUGGUGAGGUCCUUGAAAGGUGGCAGUUUGAUAUCGAAUGUGACAAGACUGCAAAAGAUGACAGUGCUCCCAGAGAAAAGUCUCAGAAAGUUAUCCAGGAUGAAAUUCGUUCAGUGAUCAGACAAAUCACAGCUACAGUGACAUUUCUGCCACUGUUGGAAGUUUCAUGUUCAUUUGAUCUACUGAUUUAUACAGACAAAGAUUUGGUUGUUCCUGAAAAAUGGGAAGAAUCUGGACCACAGUUUAUUACCAAUUCUGAGGAAGUCCGUCUCCGUUCAUUUACUACAACUAUCCACAAAGUAAAUAGUAUGGUGGCCUACAAAAUUCCUGUCAAUGACUGAUGAAGACAUUGGGAAAAUAAUGUAAUUCUCAAAUGUGGUUUUUCCUGAAGUCAACAGUAGUUGAUACGUUUUAUUUCAUUGGUUAAAUCUUAGAUCCAGAAAACCAACAUUAUACUUUAAUGAACUGUACAUAAUUGUUCCAUUUUUGGGGUAUCUGACUUAUCAUAGAGUUAACAUUAAUUGCACAUCAUGCAAAAGGAAACAGCAGAUUUCAUCAGCAUUGUAAUGCCUGCUCUUUCAAGGUAGUAACUGUAGAUAGAAAAACCUUUGUUAUGAAGCUAAAUACUUAACCGAAUCAGACAUUUUGGUUAAGUAGCUUGACUCAGAAUAUAGAUAGGGAGAUACACAUAAACAUAAAAUACAGGAGAAGUCUGAAUAUUCAGAUUCUUUGUUUAGAUCCUGAAAGUAACUAGUAAUCCCAGAGUAAAGAAAAUGUUGCUUUAUUGGAUCCUUUUGUCAUUAUUUCACUGUAUAGUUCUGUAUUGAAAAAGAUUUCUAAUUAUUUUAAUUUAUGUAAGUUGAGCCCAGCCCAUGAAGCAAUGAAUAUUUCUACUGUUUAAUUUCCUGUGAUACAAAACUUUUGAAUUUUUUUUAUGUUUUAUAAAAUCAAGCCAAAAAUGACAAUGAUGAAAUAAAGUUAAAUUUGUAUGUUUUACAUUUGUCUUAAAAUAGUUUGAUAUAAGUAUGUUAAUGCAACUUAAUGGUCGUUGGAAUGAAUUUAAUACUCCUAUAACAAAUGGUUUCUUGUGCCUACUAGAUUGUAGGGCCUAAGAUUUCUCAAGUUGAUUAAGUCUUUGAAUCUAAUGGAUAAGCUUUGAUUAUACCCAGACCUCUUUCCUCUAACAGUAGACCUUAAAAUAAGUUUCAUUAUAAUAGGGCAGAUGUCAUUUGCAAUCAAUUUAGUUAAGCAUGUGUUAGAUUGUAGUGCUUUUCCACCAUCUUUGCUUUUUUGGCAGCAUAAUCUUCUUUAUGCACUUAAAACCAUGCUUAUUAUUUGCCUUCAUUGGUAAUGUCAUUAGGGAUAUUCUUUCUAUCUAGUUGACAACUUUUUCCAAGUUUAAGGCAAACUUCUAAAAUUCCUUUUCUAAUUUGUAUUCUAAAAUCUCGUAGUUAUUCAAAUUAUUUCAUGCUUGGUGGUAGACAGUGUUCUAAGAUCUUUGUGUUAACUCAUUUAACUAUCACUUAUUAAAUAUGUAUACAUAGUCUGAAUCCAUUCAUUCAAAAAUUACUUAUUGUACAUCUAUUAAUAUGCAGAACACUGCGUGCCAAAUGCCAGGAUGACGAAAGUCCUGGCAUCUCUAAAAUUUGAGAUCUUAAAAGAUACAGGAAAAUGUAUGAGAAAAGAUCAUGAAGUAAUCAAACAGCUUCAUUAAUUUUGUAGUUUUUUGUUAUCUCACUUAGAUGAAACGUCUCUUACCCAUUUGUGUACUUGUUAACAAUAAAGGGCAAUGUCUGUUCUUUCAUCUCAGUGCUGGACAACUAGGUGCCAAUAUUUGAUGAUGGGUAUAGUAAAUGCAGUUAUGGUUGGAACCCCCAUUUUAUACGAGUUGUUAAAGCCUCUUUAAUGAGGUCCAGGAGGCUAGAAAGGGUCACCUAGAAGUGUUUUUUCCUGAAUAAGAAAAAUAGUUAUGCAUGAAUGGAAGUGAUGUUUAAUUAGAGACACUUUAAAGUCUAGGUUUCUAAACAAAAUUUGAAUUUAGGACUGUUUGUAACUUCUAGCAUUUGAAAUAUUAUUUGAGAAGGAAAACAGAAAUAGAGCCUUUGUAAAAAAAAUAUGUAGAUGAAAAUUCUGGUCCUGUUUUUAGAAAAUAUAUUUGAAAAUAUAGAGAGUAUUACUGCUUCAAAAACCAUUAAAUACCCCUUUAUUGAAUAAUGACAAUAAAAUGUGAUUCCUUCCCCACAACACCAGUAGAAACAUUGUCACACAUUACUGAUAGCACUGAAAUACUGGUUCUGCCUUUAUUUGGCAAACUGACCAUAAUCCUAAUACUUUUGUCAUUGUAGUACAAAGUUUAGGAGUUAACAUUCAUUCAGUGGUAGGAGCUGCCUCCAGCUCACUUCAUAGUACUGCUUCUUGAAGAGCUGGGCUUCCCCUUUGAAAACAGCUAAAUUUGGCUACUGAAUUGCUAGCAGAGGGAAUCAAAGGAAAGGCUGAAAUCAGAGACUGGUGGCCUCUAGGUCCAGCCUGGACUCUGACUCAGUUUUGCUUACCAUAGGUAGAGGAAUGAAACCUUACUCCAGUUGUGCCCAUCAAGUUAUGAAGUAAAGUCCAGAAGGGACUAACCCACAACUGGUCUUCAGGAUUCUCCCUGUGUCAUCAGAGAAGUCGACCUCCGUGGGAAUGCUAAAGCAGAGGUACAACAAUAACCUGUGUAAGUUGACAUGCUGUGUCAAACUAUAUCUUAGAGUUAAGAAAUGAACAGUAAGCAUUUUUUUUUUUUUUCAUGCAAGUCUGCAGGUCAGCUAGGGUGGUUCUGUUCCACAGGUUUCAUUCUACCAUUGGAGUGUCGGUGGCUAUCCAGUCUCCCCUCUCCCCCAAUCUACUUGAAAGAGCAACAGAGAGAAAAGACACACACCUGGCUUUUUCAUCUGUGCUUCACUCCCCAAAUGCCUGCAACAGCCAAAGCUGGACCAGGCCAAAGCGAGGAACUCCACCCAGAUCUCUCACGUGGGUGGCAGGGAUCCAAGCACUGGAGUCAUUGUCCGCUGCCUCCCAGGAUCUAUUAGGAGGAAGCUAGAUAGGAAACAAAGGUGGGAUUUGAACUGGCACUCUGGUAUGGUGGAUGCAGGUAUGGUGGACAGCAGCUUAAUCUGCUGUGUCGUAAUGUACUCAUCUAUAUAGGAAUCUUAAGGCUUGGCUUUAAAAUUUGCACACUGCCAUUUCUCCUGACUAUCCAGUGGUCAAAAAAAGUUAUAACCAAGCCAAACUUCUAUGGGAUAAGGGAGUCCAGUUAUCCCGACUACCUUUCAGGGUUCUGGUUUCAAGAUACCAAAAGUCACAGAUGCUCAAUUCCCUUUAUAAAAUGAUGCCGUAUUUGCAUUUAACUUACUUGUAUCCUUGUGUAUACUUUACAUCAUUUCUGGGUUACCUGUAACCCCUGAUACAGUGUAAUACAAGUUAUUACACUGUGUUAUAUAGGGAAUAAUGACAAGGGAAAAAGCCUCUAGAUGCUCAGUAUGUAUAAAAUUCUUUGUUUCAAAUAUUUUUGAUCUGCCACUGGUUGAAUCCAGGGAUGCAGAAUCGCAGAUAGGGUGACUUUGUACUCUGCCUGUUGAGACUAGAGGAGAGGCAUGUGGAUAUUUAAUGAAAGUAAUUUAAUGCACCAGGGGUUGGCAAACUUUAUAAAUGUUCGAGAAAUAAAUAGUUGCUUUGCAAGCAUGCACCCAUAUGGGAUACCAGCGCUGCAGGUGGAGGAUUAACCAAGUGAGCCAUGGUGCAGGCCCCUAUCCUCACUUUUUUUUUUUUGACAGGCGGAGUUAGACCGAAAGGUCUUCCUUUUUCCAUUGGUUCAUCUCCCAGGCCACAGCAGAGAGCUGGACUGGAAGAGGAGCAACCGGGACAUAAUCCGGUGCCCCAACUGGGACCAGAAUCCGGGGUGCCGUCACUGCAGGCAGAGGAUUAGCCUAGUGAGCUGUGGCUCCUCACAUUUUAUAACUUGUUUUCUUUUGGUUACUUAAUAUGUAAAUUUUUUCUUAAGUUUAUUACACAUGAAAGAUCAGAGCCAUUCCAUGAUGCUACAUUGUAACUUUUCCAUUUCCCACCAGAUGUCACUAAUGCUAUAAUGUUCAAAUUAAAAUGAAUUUCUUAAGACUUUGAGAACUAUAAAAUUCAGGGUUUUUUUUUAUUGGAAGUUAACAUGGAGAUUUCUGGGUACAAAAACAUUAAUAUAUAAAUUCAUCACAGCAGUGGUUGUUCACUAAGUAUUUUACAUGAAUUAUUUAAUCUCAUGCUUAAAUGAGGGAGUAGAAUUAUGAAUUCAGUGGACAUUUGAAUUGUGCUGUAUUGUUUGAUGUUUAGAUGAUCUCUUUCUUCUGUCACUAGUCAAGAAAGCUUAUCUGAUUCCCCAACAAGCACAUAAAAUGAGUGUUUCCACCCUUUUCUUGUUACCUUUGGCAUCCUUUUAACAAUUGAGUGUCCUGGUUUUUCCAUCAAUGUGCUUGCAAAACUUGACCAUAUCUUAUUGGUUUACUUGUAUUUACAUUUUUCUCAGUUAAACCAUUGUCAGAUGACUUUGAUCAAUAAAAGAAAUCACAAGAUGAAGGAUUUUAUUCUAU